AUGAAGCUCCAACUUCUUCUUCUUGCUCUUGCUCUUCUGAUUGAGCCGGUGCACCCGAACCGUGCCAAAGCCAUUGAAUCCAACAACCGUGUAUUUAAAAAACCAGAUGGAGCGCAGAAAGCCGAGUUUUUGGGAAGUCUUAGUUGCCCUCUCAAAGUUGUUUGGUGUGUUCAACUGAUGUACAUUGAAGAAGACAUCCACAUUCACAACGUAGUUAAACAUCUUCCAUUCGUUUGCUCGAAUGGGUCACGUACACUGACAAACUACGCCUUCUUGGACUAUUACGGAACGGAUUCUCUUACAUUUGAUGAUUCAUUUGAGCCAGCAGUUAUACUUUGGCAUGACUGCUCGAAAAACAAUAACACAUAUCGCUACCACCACAAACAUUGGAGACAAUCUCACCAUUUCAAUUGUACUUCAUACAAGUAUGAUCUCAAUCUCUUUGAGUUGGGAGAAGCCACUGACCUCGACGACGUGUACAACAAGCGGUGGAACGAAAGAAACAGAAGGAGGACGAUUUACGGCAAGACGGUUUGGGCACCACCUGGAUUCUACGAGAUGCCUGCACCAUGGGGAAUGUCGCCAGCCAAAUUUCCAACGGAACGAUGUCUCAAAAUGGAUUCAGAUAUAAGAGUCCGACGUCAAACGUACGAAACUGCUCUCAAGAAUGAUUCUUAUGGUUCCUCUACUUCUGAUGUUUCCGAAAACUUUUCUUCCCCUGGAACCUCUCCAACCCCGGCCAACUCAACCACCCCCUUCUGA